CUUGACCAAACGCAAGUAUCGCUCUAACAUUUUGGCAAGCAGCUAAUUUUAUUUUCUCUCUUUCUCUCUCUAUAAAUAUAUAAAAGCUUCUACUUGAUUUCAGACUGUACGUACAACUCCAAAAUAGCAGUAGGAAAAGAGAGAUGGAAGUGGCAAAAAUAAGUACGUUUCCAGGUGAUGAUAAAGAUGAAGAAGUUAUGCUUCCGGGGUUUCGGUUUCAUCCUACUGAUGAAGAGCUUGUGGGAUUUUACUUGCGACGAAAAGUGGAGAAAAAGCCUAUCAGUAUUGAGAUCAUCAAACAGAUCGAUAUUUACAAAUACGAUCCGUGGGAUCUUCCAAAAGUUACCAUGGUGGGUGGUGAUCAGAAGGAGUGGUACUUCUUCUGCAUAAGGGGAAGGAAAUACAGGAAUAGCAUUAGGCCAAAUAGAGUUACAGGAUCUGGAUUCUGGAAAGCCACAGGCAUCGACAAGCCCAUUCAUUCAGUUAAAGAACCUAAUGAUUGUAUUGGCCUCAAGAAAUCUUUAGUUUACUAUCGAGGUAGCGCUGGAAAAGGCACCAAAACUGAUUGGAUGAUGCAUGAGUUUCGUCUUCCUCCAAAUGCCAAGGACAUGGCCAAUCAAGAAGCUGAAGUGUGGACACUCUGCAGAAUUUUCAAACGAGUGCCGUCGUACAAAAAGUACACAACAGCUUUCAAACAAAACCAAACUAAUUCAGGUUCAAAAACCUGCAGCUUGGAAUCUGACAUCAGCACUGAGCAGUGCAUGUCUUAUGGAGAUUCUGUCCAACUACAAAACGAAAGGAGAGCACCAGCAGCUACCUUUAUCAACCAUGUCGAUGAAAGAAACCAUCUGUUUAUGAAUCAGUUUAAUUCUGCAGCACAGUCUCCAAAUAAUACUGUAGCCUCUUGCUCGAGCCUUUGGUAUCCAAGAGGAGAUGAUUUCUUGACCUAUGGAAACUGGGAUGAGCUAAGUUCAAUAGUUGAACUAGCAACUGACCCAUCUCACUUUUAUCAUGACUCUAGAUAAACAAUUUAGUAACUGGGAAAUUCAAUAAAAUCUUUAGAGAGAGCCAUAACAGUGCAUCUUUUUGUUGCCAUAUUUGCUGUUUUACUAGGACUGCAGACGCUAUUUCAUAUUCUGAUAUACAUAUAUGAUAAGUGUACCAGAGCCAAUUGUACAUUCAUACGAAUUCAAGAGGCAAGAUAGGUGUUAAACAGAAGCCUGAAAGGUGUGAAUGUGGAUCCAGAGGCGAGAUGUAUACUCGAAGAAAUAUGUAUAAGAAGAAUAUGAAGCUGUAAGCAAUACUGAUCAGAGAAGCUUUGGUUUUUCUUUUUUUAAUUUUAGGCAGAAGUUUGACUCCGUUGAUUUGGCUAUGUACUUAUUAACUCAUGCAUAAAUUAUUGAACUAACUCAUAAUUAGCUUGGUGUUAGAACUUUCCCCCUGAUGUAUGAAUUAUAAUAAUGGAUUUAUUUUCGAUACUA